GAAAAUUAGGAAUCCAAUUUAACAGAUAUACUGGAAUAUUAAUGGGCUAUCCCAAUCUUGGCAGAGGAGUGAGCUGAAGGAAGACCCAACAAUGAGGCCAUUUUUGAAUUUAUUUAAAAAUUUUUAAAAAAUGGUUCUAGGGCUGCUUCAUUGGUAAUAAAAGCCUCAUAGUGCUAUAAAGCACCACUAUGGUAAUUUUUGCUUGGGGAAUUUUUAAAAAUGUAGUUCUCUUCAUCACAGCUCUAAAAUUAAAUGGUAGAAUUUUUGUAAAAUCCCAAGCAAGGUGUGUUAGCUGUUCUCCAACUCUGGGGUGCAUUAUUCACAUACUGAUUUGGUACAGCAACUCCUGGAGUUGUAAAGUGCUGUGAGUGGCCUCUUUUGAAUUCUUUUUCACAUAUAACCUCUUUGGGGGAUAUUUCUGACCAGUCCUUAUUAAACUAUUAAAUGGACAGGUCCAACCUCUACCCAAACAUGAAGGAAGUUUUUACUAUAACCAAUAUUUUGAUCACAUAGCAGUUGUCAGGUUUUGUGCUCAUUGCUCCAAAAUCUUGAAACUAUCCUACGAAUCAGGUAAUAUCACUAUUUACAGAUGAUAAAACUGAGGCUUGAGACAUUUCCCUACCAAGCUUUUCUUAUUUCUUAAAAUAAUGUAAAUAGGGAAAGUGUCAUACUGGUGAGACAUUUCUGACCCACCCCCCAAUCUAAGUUCCAUGAGGGCAGAGACUGUUGUUUACUGUCAAAUCCCUAGAUUCUAGCACAUAAGUAUUUUUGGGUAAAUGAAUGAAAGUAGAGAGUUAUGUCAGGAAUCAGGUCAUAGAAACCUCUACAGUGCCUUUUCUCAUCUAUUUUUACCAGAAAUUUGAACAUUGCCUCAUUACUGAGAGAACAGAGUCCUUCCUGAGAAUUAAACUUCCCACUGCUUAUUACAAGUCAGUUUUGAUGUGACAGAACCAAAAUUCAGUGGUUAUAGGUGUUAGACUAUGCGUAUAACAUCCUGGAGCCUGAGAAAGAAUCUGAUGGGGUGUGAUGUUAAUUUAUAUUGCUCCCAGAAAUUCACUUAUGCCAUUUGCACGAAGAGAUUUGUUUUUAUUCUUUGUCAAAUUUUAAAGAUGCAAGUCUUCCAAAUAGUAAAAUUUGGACCAGCCUACAUUUGGAUGAAGUGAGAAAACUACUAGGGGAUGCUGAACAGUGGCUGGCAGAGAAGCAUUCACAGCUCUGAUGGAGGGCAAAAUCAACAAGCAACUGAAAAAAGUUCUGAAGAAAAUAGUAAAAGAAGCCCAUGAACCCCUGGCUGUAGCUGAUGCUAAACUAGGAGGAGUCAUAAAGGAAAAGCUGAAUCUCAGUUGCAUCCAUAGUCCUGUUGUUAAUGAACUUAUGAGAGGAAUUCGUUCACAGAUGGAUGGAUUAAUUCCUGGGGUAGAGCCACGUGAAAUGGCUGCUAUGUGUCUUGGAUUGGCCCACAGCUUGUCCCGGUAUAGAUUGAAAUUUAGUGCUGAUAAAGUGGACACAAUGAUUGUCCAGGCAAUUUCCUUGUUGGAUGACUUAGAUAAAGAACUAAACAACUACAUUAUGCGGUGUAGAGAAUGGUAUGGCUGGCAUUUCCCUGAAUUAGGAAAAAUUAUUUCAGAUAAUUUGACAUACUGCAAGUGUUUGCAGAAAGUUGGCGAUAGGAAGAAUUAUGCUUCGGCCCAGCUUUCUGAAUUACUGCCAGAGGAAGUUGAAGCAGAAGUGAAAGCAGCUGCAGAGAUAUCUAUGGGGACAGAGGUUUCAGAAGAAGAUAUUUGCAACAUUCUGCAUCUCUGCACUCAGGUGAUUGAAAUCUCAGAAUAUAGGACCCAGCUCUAUGAAUACCUACAAAAUCGAAUGAUGGCCAUUGCACCCAAUGUUACAGUCAUGGUUGGAGAAUUAGUUGGAGCACGGCUUAUUGCUCAUGCAGGUUCUCUUUUGAAUUUGGCCAAACAUGCAGCUUCUACAGUUCAGAUUCUUGGAGCAGAAAAGGCACUCUUCAGAGCUCUAAAGUCUAGACGAGAUACCCCUAAGUAUGGUCUCAUUUAUCACGCUUCACUUGUAGGACAGACAAGUCCCAAACACAAAGGAAAGAUUUCUCGAAUGUUGGCAGCCAAAACUGUUUUGGCUAUCCGGUAUGAUGCUUUUGGUGAAGAUUCCAGUUCUGCGAUGGGAGUUGAGAACAGAGCCAAAUUAGAGGCCAGGUUGAGGGCCUUGGAAGAUAGAGGGAUAAGGAAAAUAAGUGGAACAGGAAAGGCAUUAGCAAAAGCAGAAAAAUAUGAACAUAAAAGUGAAGUGAAGACUUAUGAUCCUUCUGGUGACUCCACACUGCCAACCUGUUCUAAAAAACGCAAGAUAGAACAGGUAGAUCAAGAGGACGAAAUAACUGAAAAGAAGGCAAAAAAAGCUAAGGUUAAAGUUAAAGUUGAAGAAGAAGAUGAAGAGGAAGAAGGAGGAGGAGUACUGGUGGUGGAAGAGCAGGAGACAUCGGUGAAGAAGAAGAAGAAGGACAAGAAGAAACACAUUAAAGAAGAACCGCUUUCUGAGGAGGAGCCGUGCACCAGCGCAGCAGUUCCUAGUCCAGAGAAAAAGAAGAAAAAGAAAAAAAAGAAAGAUACUGAGGACUAAUGGAAAGGAGUCAUCACUGAGUCACCAGGACACAUCCUGCUUAGGAUCCAGUCAGGAGCAUGCCAGAGAGGGAGAGGCUCUCUAAGAUAACCGAGGAUGAACAGAGGUUGAAUGAAACAAAACGCUUACUUACUCAUCUAUAGCUUUUCAAACCUAUUUGUGUCUUGACAUCAACUCUGUUAACUUUAUUAUGUCAUUAUCUCUUAGUCUUUGUUAUACAAAUAAAAAUAUUUUCUUUGUAUUUUAAGGCAGUUCUGUGAUCUCUGUUUUAGGUAGAGAACCUUCCGCUCUUUCUAUAUUUUAUUUAGCAUUUGAUGAUCACCGUUUUGAUAAUCAUAUCUGAAAAGUGAGAGUUGUGAAUCAUUAGUUUGAAACUUAGCCAUUCGUAAGGCAGUGAUUGGAUGGACCAGUUUAAGAAUUUCAUGUUUCUCUUACUUUUUUAGACUUUCAUUUUUUUCCUUUUCUCCUAUCUUUCUGCCUCUGUUAUUUAUUUAAAUAAAGCUGUGUUUUGUGUUCACAAGUUUAAAA